CCGCGCGUACAGGACGCCGACUCCGAGUUUAGCAUCAUUUCGAUUGGCGUCGAGAAGGGAGCUGCGGAGCAUCUGCUGGACUGCGAAUUCAGAUCGUCAGCUCCAUGGAUCGACUUGGGACAAUACUUUUGGAGAAACUCAAACUCGCCGACUCCGGCAGCGCCAAGUUUGCCAUCUCCAGGAAAAAGGACGACUCGGCGGCGAAGCUGAAAGCGCCCGCGGACAAGGCAAAGCGCGGCGCGUGCAACCAGGAGGAGCCGGCGGUCCCCGCCGACGCGCCCCCCGCGCCGCUCCGCUCCCUGCGCAGGGCCGCUCCGCCCGAGGACCAGGAUGUGGCGGGGCCUCCGGACAGCGAGCCGGAGCGCGUCUCCUACAGGCGCAUGUCCCUGGACACCCACAGGCAGCACCGCUACAGCGGCGGCGAGUUCUGUGACGAGCGACCCAAGCGCCUGUCCCUGCAGGAGUCCGGCCUUGUCCACUUGCGGCAGCUGGAGUCGGGCUGCUGCCCCCCGCCGCCCUACUACGGCAGUACCGGCCUCAGCCCCCGACUGACCAGCCCCCGCUCCAGCUAUGCCAGCAGCGAUCUCAGCGGCAGCCCUCGUGCCAGCGUCAACCUGGAGAGCCGCUCCAGCAGCAAUCGCACCAGCGGCAUCAGCAUGGGUUACGACCGGAGACUGUGCUGGAGCGGCUCGUGUACCAGCAGCCCGCAGUCGAGUGCCAGCCUGCAGUACCAGCCCAGCCAGCUGCUGAGUUGCCCGUCACCCUCCAGCCUUGUGGCCGCGGCGCUCAGCGCAGGGGGGCGGAGUGGGCCCGUCUACCCACCGGACAAAUGGGACAUGGACUGGAAGGCUACUAGAUUAUACAGGCAGCCACUGCGAGCAGGGUGCCAUGGCGGGUGGGUCAAGACAGUCGUCAUUCGUACCCACCGGCCCUGGGGAGUCCGGCGGCUGCCUGCUUCUUUGAACGGGAUGCUGCCCGACGAUCACUGGCAGGAUACCCUUUGGAGCAGCAUAUGCGCCACUCUGCUGGUGCCCACUUCCAGGAGGAGGUGGAACUCAUGCUGGCCAGAAAUAGCAUGCUGGAUGGUGCUACCUCAGCUCAUGAAGCUCCACUGCCCCCAUGUCAUUCUACACUGGGCAUUCCAAGCGGCGAGGUGGCUGCCAGUCAGAGCAGAUCUCUGGGUAUCCCUGGGCACCCUGUUCUGUCUACUGGGGUUAGCCGACCACAGGAGCAGCCAGUUUGGGCACAGGCCGACACAAAAGAAGAAUACUUUGGACCCUGUAUUAAGUGCAACAAGGGGGUGUAUGGCAGAGAGCAGGCUUGCCAGGCGCUGAGCAGCCUGUUCCACACACAGUGCUUUGUCUGCGUCUCCUGUGGACGGACCCUCCGCGGAAAAUAUUUUUAUAAUGUGAAUGGCUCCGUCUACUGUGAGGAAGAUUACAUG